AUGUCUUCCACCCGGAGCUCAUCCUCGUCCACCUUCCGCUCAGAGCACAUCAGUACUUACAGCCCCACCGCACAGGGCUGCUUCGAACCUCUGCUUGACCCUCCCCACGGGAUCUUCGGGGCCACCGGGAGGGCCCGGGAGUCUUACGGCUACUCAGGCUCGCCCCCACCGGCGCACCCCUCCGCUCUGGGCAGCAGCAACGUGAUCGCCAACGGGGACAAGUACCAGGUCAUGGCCGACGUCAGCCAGUUUGAGCCCCAAGACAUUGUGGUCACCACCUACAACUACUGUAUUGUCAUCCAGGCAGAGAAGGUGGCAGAAGACGGCACCAUCUCUAACACCUUCACCCACAAGUGCCAACUCCCAGCAGACAUGGAUCCCCUGUCCAUCAGUUGCUCUCUGAACGAUGCUGGCAACUUGAUCAUCACUGCCAGGCGGCAAUUCCUGGCUCCGCCACCCGUCUAUCGCAGCGAGGUCAAGCUCUAG